UGUUUAUAAGGAAAUAUAAAAUAGUAGGAAAAAGACUGAGGAAUAAUUAUUGCAUAUAGAAAACUAAUGUUUCUUGUGAAUUAGUAACUUUACUAAAGAAGUGUUCUAUUAUUUUAAUAAAUAAACUUUUAAAAAACAUACACGAGUUGAUUACGUGGUAUAGAUAAAACAAGGUAUAAUCAUUAUUAAAACAUCUAGCUGGCAUAUGAAAUUAGUACUUCAAAUCUUAAAAAACAGAUAACUUUUUACCAUCUUGAGUGUUUUACUGUGUAUAAAAAGGUUUGUCAUGAAAUAUAUUGAAUCAUUAUUGUAGUAUUAUACAAGUAAAAGCCACAAUGUUUAAACUAGCAAUUAUUUUGUGUUUUGCUUUUAUAGCUUAUGCAGUGGGGGAUGUUCAUUUUAUCGACGACUGCUUAUCACCCGGAAAACCCGUUAUCCUAUACAAUCAAGAAGUAACCAAGACCGGCCAUUUUUUGCAAAUUCAAGAAGAAAAUCUUAGAGUUCCACUUGUUGGUUUUGCUCCCAAAAACAUCAGUUGCAUUACGGUAGUUAACCAAAUGAGUGAUAUAAACGGUGGAUUUCCAUACAUUAAAUCAGGCGGAGUCGGUUACACUUACGUAGACCUUUAUCUGAAAUCUCAAAAAAAUAAAGGUUUCGAUUUUAGGGUAACAGUUUACUACGAUGAUUCUUCUUAAAACUGUUUCAUUUCAAUUGUGUGCAAAUAAUAAAUGAUGCUAUGACAAAUUAU